CAAGGAUAUGCCUCUCCGCAGUGUAUGACUGCAAACCAAUUCAUCUCUUAUCAUGAAAGUCGUUACUAGCUUUUGACGAUUCGUUGGCUACGUGCUAUCAUAUUACUCAGUACUACUAACUACUAGCUGUCUAAGCUCACCGGCUGCUCGUAUCAUUGGUUGCCUACUAGUAACAAGCCAGGAGUAAACAUGGCCCGCUUCACAUUGUGGACUGUGCUGAUGUCAGGGCUCUUGCUCUCAAGACCCAGCUUUGGUUGGCCCGAAACUGGAGGGGAAGUCAGUGUGCUUGAUGUGAAUACUACGAAGGCUGUUCCACCUCUGGCCCAAGUUAUCGAUCAAAAGAGUUUCAAUGUACUUCACACUGUCCCGCCCCCCUCUGAGGCUCAUGGGUUUACGCAAUUCGUUCCACCGGGGACAACGAGGGAGUCUCUCAUUGCCCGGCCAUUCCACAUCUACGACGAAGAGUUUCUGGAUAUCAUUGGGCCAAACCCGACUUUGACAUUGCUGAACCACACAGACACAGACCCCUUGUUUCAUGAAGCCCCCGUAUGGUACCCUGACACGCAUGAGAUGUUCUUCUGUCAGAAUGCCGGGGCCAAGGCCGCUGGGACUGGGCUACAGAAGUCGGCCAUCAUUCAGAAGAUCUCCUUGUCUGAGAUCACCGCCUCUAUCACGAGCCAGAGGAACGCUAGCGGGGCAGUCAAAGUAGAGGUCGUGGGCUCCAUGGUGAUGAACCCAAAUGGUGGAACCAACUACAAAGGGCAGCUCCUCUUCCUCGGCGAGGGCCAGAGGGAUACUGUCGCACCGGCCAUGUAUCUCAUGAACCCAAGGCCUCCUUACAACACGACAGUGAUCCUUGAUAACUUCUUCGGGCGGCAGUUCAACUCACUCAACGACGUGUCCAUCAACCCCAGGAACGGGGAAAUCUACUUCACCGAUCCCACGUACGGUUAUGUGCAGGAUUUCCGACCACCUCCGGCAUUGCCCAAGCAAGUGUGGCGGUUUAAUCCGGCCACCGGAGCAGUAACUGUUGCGGCUGACGGGUUCAAUAUGCCAAACGGGCUGUCUUUUUCUCCCGAUGGCUCCCAUCUGUACAUCGCAGACACGGGAAUGAUCCAGGUAUUCUUCGGAACCAACUUUACGUUCCCAGCAACCAUCUACCGCUACGACGUCGGAGCAGACGGCACACUCGACAACCGCAAGACCUUCGCCUUUGUGACGCCUGGAGUUCCCGACGGGAUCCACGUCGACACCAAGGGCAACGUGUACGCGGCGUGCGGCGACGGCGUGCAAGUGUAUAGUCCGUCGGGGAAAUUACUGGGCAAGAUCUAUCUCGGUAGCACGUCGGCUAACUUCCAGUUUGCUGGGAAGGGCCGCAUGGUGAUAUUGGCUGAGACGGAGCUGUACUAUGCGACACUGGCGGCUGAGGGGGCGUUCCCGGGGAAGCUUUACGAGUGAAGUGAUAUUAAUGCCUUCCUGUUUUUAGGUAUUAGAAAGGACGAGUGAUCAGCUGUUGUGUUGUACAGAGUUGUUUCAGGGUCCUGGACAAAAGUCCUGACUUCUAUUAGGCAGCGCCAGUCCUCCCAACUAGGUAUUGGCUGACAACUGGAGUUUCAGUCUUUCAGGAGACCUCAUGAUGGCUUUGACUGUUGAUGAAACUCUAAGUACAUGAGAAAC